AUGCCUCGGGUGCCGUUACAGCCUGUGACUGAGGCGGAAACUAAUUCGCGUCGAGGCGGGGGAAAGGCAGAGGAAGAGAAUGGACAGGUUGAAACGGAUGCGAUGCGAAAAUGGCGACGCGAUUGGCGCCGGAUUAUGGCGAUCUCCGUAUUCUAUUUUGACGUGGGGAUCGAAGCAUCGAGCGUGGACAAGAUCAAGGGCCACUUGCAGCUUUUGGGCGCGAGAUUCCAGGCGUUUUUUGACAACUCGGUAACACACGUUAUUUCGAACCGCACGCCCGGCAAGGAACACGCUAGGGGAGACAUUCUUGUCAAGGCCUCUCAGUUGCGGAUGAAAGUGUGGUCAGUGGACAAACUGGUCAAGUUUCUUACGGCUUUGUUGGGCCACAGUCCAUCUCGGGAGCUCGAUUCCGCACAAUGCGCAAAGCUUUCCCAGCUUCUUCGCCAGGAGAAGCUGGUUGGGCCCAGCGAUCGCGACCCGACCGCGCGACGCGACGACUAUUACUACUUCAAAGGUCCCUACAUUUUAGUCUGGGAUCCCUCACACUACAAUCGGCCCCUUUUGCACAAGGAAUGGGAUCGGGCUGCUACCCCUUACGAGGGCGAUUGGCCGCAAUUUCGAGCAACUCCCAUUGGAAUGUGUCCGUUCGUGGUCGAACCUGGAGUUGGCCAUAAAAAGCGUUCGCACCGUAACACAACUGAUACAUCGCAUAAACGAAGAGCACUGGAAUUACGGGCUGAAAAGGCCGCAGUGACAAUAGUUAAAUCCCAGCAACCGCCGCAACCAGAACCGCUCAUGCACAAAGCUGCUGAUGAAAAGUCACAGACUCCCCCCGAUACCGAAACACCAACCCCCCAAAUUGCAAAGGAUGAAAACGAGCCGCCGGUCGGCGUUCCUGCCCAACCAGAGACAUCUAUCCAAAGACCCCCUGCGGCGUUCAGAAAAUACUGCGAGAUCACUGCAUCCGGUAUGCAGCGGUACUCUGCUACAUCAGCGGUAAAGUCAACCGUAUUGGGUGAAACGGGCAAUGGGCUGGGUGCUACACACGCAUUGGCCUCUCGCGAAGUUAACAAUCUACAGCGUAAGGUUCUCCAGCCUAUUCCGAUACCGCAAUUGGUUGCCCCUACCAAGGCACCGGCAACUAUGCCUCCAAGUACUUCGUCAAGCAGAGUGAAGAUCUCAAAAAAGCCUGGCUUCUGUGAGAAUUGCUACGAGCGGUUUGAGAAUUUCGACGAUCACGUACUUACCAAAAAGCACAAGAAGUAUGCAGCCAAUGCGCAAAACUUUGCUGCUCUCGACGCCAUUAUUGACUCAUUGGCCCGUCAACCCAAACUCCCUUCGCCAUAG